AUGCUCAAGAUGGCUCAGAAGUUGAUCAAACAGAUUCUUCUCUUAAGCAUUGAGUCAACAACUAGGGUUUGGUAUUACUCAAGCAAAAUUGAGUUUCAAAUGGUUUUCAUGGUUCUUCAUGUACUCUCAAGGAUGUUCGUACUAAGUUUCAAGCCUCGCAUUGCAAAUCAUAUUCAGACAGUUGCAAGUUAUCAUGCAAUAGCAAUAGCACUCUCAUUGAUGGAAGCAUAUUCGUUGAGUGUGCAGCAUGAGCAAACAACUUUUCAAAUUUUGUAUGCAAAGCUUGGCCCUGAUGACUUGCGAACACAGGACACGGCAGCUUGGCUUGAGUAUUUUUUAUCCAAGGCUUUUGAAUAG